AAGCGCAACCCGCCGGCGCAUCUAACAAUCCCAUUACCAUUACCAAUACACAAUACCAACACCCAAAAUCAACACAGCUUCAACCUAGACUUAUAAUUGACUUAUCGGCUUACAAAUUGUAGUUAAACCCACACGUUUCCAUGUAAUAUACUCUCUGACGAAGCGGCAUCAUGGGCCGUCAGAAAGCAUUACUCCUUUUAAGCGGCUUGCUAGGGCUGAGCCAGUCUCGCCAGCCGGGAUUUAGCAUCCACCACGAUCUUCUAGCAUAUCCUCAGUUUGAAGUAGUCUUCUCCGAGUCAUAUAUAUCGGAAACCGAUGCGCAGGCUUUGGUUGAAAAAGCCAGCCCCUCUCCCACCAACUAUGACGCCAACUUACCAGGCCAAACUGAUAUCAUCUCCAAUAUACAGCCUGCUGACGAUAGGCCCGAUUCCGAUAGCAGCAUUGGGGACGACGAUGGCAACCGAAAGCUAACAGAAUCAUACGAGAUCAUGAACGCCCCUCCCCAUCGUUACCUAUGCGCCAUACCUGUGAUCGAAUCUCCCCCCGCGCCUAACAAAACUGCCACGGAGCUAGCUAAGGCUGAGGAGGCCCGCGAACUAGCAAGGGCUUCUGCGCAUGGCUGGGAUCUCAUCAGCGGCCUUGAUGGCAAUUGCCUCUACUACAUGUCUGGUUGGUGGAGUUAUAGCUUUUGCUAUGGCCGUGACGUUGUCCAGUUCCAUGCGCAUCCCGCCAGCGUCAAGAGCGGUCCUCCUGUGAGAGACCCUAAUACUGCAGAAUACGUCCUUGGGAGAGUUCAGGAUCCGCAUUCCAAUUCGCGCUCUUCACGUCGUGGACAACCUGCACCCGCAGGUAACAAGGAACAGCCUGCUACGACGCCGCCGCCAAAUACAGAACUCCAGGUCAAGGGCGAUCAGCGAUAUUUAGUUCAAAAAAUGGCAGACGGUACUAUUUGUGACUUGACUGGCCGAGAGCGGACAAUUGAGAUACAAUACCACUGUAGUCCCGGCAGCACUCAGGAUCGUAUUGGCUGGAUUAAAGAAGUAACAACUUGCGCGUAUCUCAUGGUAGUCCACACCCCUCGUCUAUGUGUAGACGUUGCUUUCCAGCCACCCAAGGAGGAAAAGGCGAAUAUCAUUAGUUGCCGCGCCAUCAUACAGGAAGCGGAGGAAGCGGCUUGGCAUACACAGAAGACGCUGGAGGCGCAGUCGGCUAUGGUAGGCAAGGCUAAAGGGGAGGUGAAGGCUCCCGUCACUAUUGGUGGAAUUGUAGUCGGAGGUCGACGAAUACUCGGACGGGGAGAAGACGGGAAAGCAGCACACCAGCUAGCUCCGCCGCGAAACUUCCGAAGUUCUAACCUUCCACCCCUCGUCGAGGUGCUAGCCAAGGGAGCCAGCAAAGAAGAAGGUAGUAAGGUCGAAAUACUCCCCGAUGAGGAACUGGCCAAGCUAGAUCUCAAUCCCGAGGUGAUUGAGCAACUGAGAAAGGAGCUACAGAAGCUAGCAGGGGACAGGGGCUGGAAGCUCGAGGUUGUCGAAGUCCCGGGGGACGCCAACGCUCGAGAAAUCCAUAGUGUGGUUGAUACUGACGAAGUCAAAAAAUCCAAUGGUGAUGAUGAGGAAGAGGAAAAGGAAGCAGCAGGUAGCGAGGAGAAAUUCUUCAAGGAAGAGUUAUGAAAUACUGGUUACUUGGCAUAGCAAACGGCGUUACGCAGGCAGAUAGGAUUAAUCACAAUCCAUUAUCUUAUAAGGCUCCCGGAAUAAAACCGUCGAUUCUAAUAAGAUAACCUACUAUACUGUAUGAUGUUCUAUUCUAUCCCUCCUCGUUAUCGUAGAAAGGUUGUAUCGACGUCUCUUGGGCCACACCACUUUCAUUUCUACUAGCUGUUCUCUCAUCUACAAUACAACUUGGGGUUUGAGGGAAUUGGAAAUCCAACCAACUUUACCUAAAUGCUUUAGGUAGAAGUAGUUGACGGAAGAGUAGUGUUAACCGGCAACGCGUCUCAGUUGCUACUUGAGCCCAAUAAGCCCAUGGAAUUUUACAAAAUACGACUAUGAGUAAACACAUUUUGCCAACAGGAAUGCCGAUUCGUAUAGCUGAACAUCCAAUUAAUAAUAUACCUAUCACACUGACUUAAUCGCGGUAUACCGGCAUCCACAAUGCUUUGACACGUUUCCAGCUAUACCUCCUCGUCAUGUAUCUCUGAUAGGAUAACCCUAAACUGGGCAGAA